UCUUCCGGUUGGCUCCCUGGAUGUAGCCUCGGCAAUAGCGUUCUUUUUCUCCCCCGCCCCCUUCUCCCCUCUCCUCCUCUCCCCUCCCCGAGCCCCAGAGAGUAACACUCCCCGGGUCUGAGGAAUAGUGUCCUGGAAGUGGGAAAGUGGAUUCUGAAUUCCCAAACCCCAUUAAGUCCAUCACGCUGUUUUAGGGCUCCCUGACCCUGGGGCUCCUUUUUGGUCAGCUCCUGGGAAGGAUCUGAUCCUACCCUGCAAGUCCCACCAUGCCCAAGCGGAGAGUGACCUUCCAGGAUGUGGGAGUUGAAGAGGAUGGAGAAGAUCUCCCCAAAAAGAAGCUGGUGGAUCCUGUGACAGGAGCAGGGGGACCUGGGAGCCGGUUUAAAGGCAAGCAUUCUUUGGACAGUGAUGAAGAAGAUGAGGAAGAGGAUGGUUCUAGCAAGUAUGUCAUCCUAGCUUCAGAAGAUGUGGAAGGUCAGGAGGCAGCCACACUCCCAAGUGAGGGUGGUGUGCGUAUCACACCCUUCAACUUGCAGGAAGAAAUGGAAGAGGGCCACUUUGAUUCAGAUGGCAACUACUUUCUGCACCGGGAUGCCCAGAUUCGGGACAGCUGGCUGGACAACAUAGACUGGGUGAAGAUCCGGGAGCGCCCUCCAGGCCAGCCCCCUGCCUCAGAUUCGGAGGAAGACAGUCCUGGCCAGACACCACUGGGCCCUCAAGCCCUCUUAGAGGGUCUCUUGGAGAUGUUGUUGCCAGGGGAGACAGUUGCUGGGGCACUGAGGCGGCUAGGUGCCAGGAAGGGUGGUAAUGGACCCCAGCGGCCAAAUUCCCCACAACGAUUAGACCGACUCUCAGGAUUGGCUGACCAGAUGGUUGCCCGGGGUAACCACGGAGUGUACCAGGAAACCAGGGAACGGCUAGCUGUGAGGCUGAAAGCGCUGGGGGGCCCCACACCCGGGCUUCCAGACACAGCUUCUCGUCCUGUUCUGGACAUGUUUGCUGAAGAGGUUGGGGAGGGGGAGCUAGAGACUCCAACCCCAGCCCAAGGAGGAGAAGCAGCUGCCAUGGGAGAUGGCUUGGCUGAUGUGAUGUGGGAAUACAAAUGGGAAAACACAAAUGAUGCAGAACUCUAUGGGCCCUUCACCAGUGCCCAGAUGCAGACCUGGGCAGAUGAAGGCUAUUUUCCAGAUGGUGUUUAUUGUCGGAAGUUGGAUCCCCCUGAAGGCCAAUUCUACAACUCCAAACGUAUAGAUUUUGGUCUUUAUUUCUGAACCUGUUUUUAUUUUUUGGGUAGGGGAAGAGGGCUGGGGAAAGAAUUUUCCAGGCUAUGCCUUCAGGAGGAGGCCCUGGGUUUAGUCUGGGGAUUCUGUGGACUUUAAAUGGGGUGGGGAGGAUGGCACCAGAGUUGGGGGGGCCAUUUCCUGUCUCAAUAAAAAUCUCUAGUUGUGUAAAAGGGGUGUCCAAUGUGGAGGGAAGGGAGUGGUUAUAGUUGCACCAAGAGCCUGAUUCCCCUUUGCUCUUCACCCUCGAGAGGUAUUGCUGGCUCAAACUGUUCAGGAUGGACUUCUGUUCCUAAAUUACAACAUCCUGGUCUGUUCCAGGCCUUCCUUCCCCUUUUCCCUUCUCACUUCCCUACUACCCCAGAUCAGGCUUCCCAUAAGAUCGAAGGAAUGAUCCUUACAAAGGCUCUCCAUUCAGAAAGAUCCCUGAAUUUCUAUUCUGACUUUGCUACUGACCAGUGUGUGAUCAUGAGCAUAUAUAUAUGACAACUUCCUCUUCUCUGGGUCUGUGUCCACAUUGUGAACCUGGAUUUAGUACCAUGUUAAAGGAUCCCAUGAGAGUCCUGAGCUUAAGUCAGGAUACUUGGGGUUUGAAUCUUAAACUGUUGGCUAUAGAUCUGCCUAAUUCUAUCAAGUUUCUUCCUUGAGCCUCAGUUUUUUUUUUUAAUCAUAAAAUGGGGAUAAUCAUUACCUACCUCACAGGGUUGUUGUGGGGAAUGCACUUUGUAAACCUUAAAGUGCUUGAGAAAUGUGACUUAUUGUAACACUUUAAGAUGCUUUAUCAAGGGAAUUGGUUUUUUUUUUUGUUGUUGUUGUUUUUUUUUUCCAUUUUCUAAUUUGGGUCAGAUAUGGAAGAUUGGGGCAGAUGGAAGGGGAAAAUGGGGAGGGAAGAACCUUAGGAUAUUGAAUGUUAGAUUGAAAGAGACUUCAGUGACCUAAAUCAGUCCAGUUCCCUCCUUUUAUAAAUUUUUUUUAAAAAGCAUGCGGAACAGGGAAAGGAUUUGCCUGAGGGUAAAGUCCCUGGAAGAGUUGGACUUAAUGCUUCCAGUCAGUCUACCUCAUCCUCCUCCUCCCUUGGCCAGAAAAUGGUGGUCCUCUUCUGAUCUAAGGACCUCCUGCUUUCUGAAAAUGGUGGGAUGCAAACUCCUGCCUCCUCUUCAUUUUCACCUCCAGCUGUAAUAAAGCCUCAAUUAUAUCGCCGGUCAGCUAGCCCAAAACUUCUUAAACCCCAUAUGGGGUAGUUUAACUGAAUGUGGGAGUCAUGAAAUUAUAAUUUAUUAUCAGUAAA